AUGUCUGAUGCAUUUAUAGAAAGAGGACAAUGUGAGGAUGAGAUUAUGUUAGUGUUUGAUAACAGCAACAAACUGUAUGUUUCUAAAAACUUUCUACGAUACGCCUCGCCUGUUUUCAAGACAAUGUUUGAUCAUGACUGCAAGGAGAAGAAGGAAAACAGCGUAUCAUUGACAGGGAAAAAUUACGACGAUUUUCUCGAAUUUCUGCUUUGUAUUCACCCGAGGAAUUUUAAACCGAUUACAGAAACAAAUGUCCUACAGGUCGUGACCAUUGCUGACGAAUACCAUGUGACUUCAAUUACAAAGAAAUGCAAAGAAUUGAUGAUGACUUGGUUACAGGCUUCAUUUGAUCAGGCGUAA